AUGUGCGAGAAAAUGGAGAAACUCAAACUUCCGAUUGACAAAUUGAAGGUUAACAUUGGUAUCGAAAGCAUUGAAGUAGUCAUAUUCUGUAGAGAAUACCCAAUGGAGAUUAAAUAUCAAGGAAAGGAAUAUAAGGCUUGUGAUAUUUUCUUUCUGAUGAAACAUCCGGAUCUCAAGCUGAAGAAAUUGGCAUUCCGAAUUGCAGAAUACGAUCGAUUUAUUGAUGUUACCAUGCAAACGCUGAUUGAAUUUAAUUUCGAAAAAGUUUAUGAAACUGAGCAAUGGAAGAAAGCGUUUCUAUUCGAGGAUUACAACGGCCUCGUUUCCAAGGAUUGGGCAAAUCUGGUUCAUUUUGAGACGAUCAGUCUGAAAUCACUGGAUCAGAAUGAUUUGAGAAAUUUGCUGAACUACAUUCCAAAAAAAGCAACAUUCAAAGUGGUUGUGGAUAAUUUGGAAAUUGAAGAUGUCAAGGCUGUGUUUAGAAAUUCUGGAAAAUUCGAUAAGAACCCUGAAUCUCCUGAAUUCGACUUUCCGUUCAAAUUCUAUCGAGAAUUAGGAGAUGGACGUGUUCUGGUCAGGAAGCAGAACUAA